GUUUACCCAUUAUCUCCACUACAUUGAUGGUCCUUCGAGCCGGAUCACUGGGUUUACGUCAGAGAUGGAAUUACAUCCAGAGUAUGAUGCUUGCGGUGCACGUCCCAAACGGCACAUUCGCCCACCUGUCCGCUAUGCAGACUAUGAGGUCGAUUAUAGAGGCUACAGCGGUGAGAGGUACAGACACCAAUUAGAGAGUACUCACCAGGAGGGAAAUGCCAGGAUGACAACCCUCACCUCCCCUUAUGACUCUCCCCUUCGCCCGCAGAGGCGGGAUGCUAUUCUUCAGGAGAUGGACCUGAGCUAUAGGGCAGAGAGCCAACCGCACAGCCAGGAGAAUCAGCUAGCCCCCCAGCGGUUGCCAGAUAGAGAGUUUAGGGAACAGCCACGAGAUUACUCUACUCCUCUACCGUCAUCGCUGCACCCCAUACAUACACAGGAGAAGAACCGAGUAGAUUUAGAUGACAUUCGUCAUGAAAGACACCUUCUGCAGCAGACACAGCGGCACAUGGCAUCAGAUUUAGUAGAGCUAAGAGAAUUGCGAUCAGACAUGAAACAGUUAAUAGAUGCUGUUCGCAACCUGCAGAGUCCAACCUCUAUUCAUACCAGAAAGCCAGAGUUAACGGUGAUGUCGCCACUGACACAUGUUGAAAAGGAACCUAAAGCUGAGGAAGAGGAUGAUUGGCCUGCACCACCACCAUGGCCAGACCCAGAAAUGGACAAGCUUAUCCCUCGUGAUCCGCCUAUGGCACAUUCGCUUAUCAGUAGAAUAGAUGAGGUUCCAAAGAUUAAGAAAGAAGCACUGUCAGCCCCAGCUCAUGAUUUGUCUGUGGGUCAGCCACAAGUUAAUCACUCAGGACGUGGGGCCCUUCCUCCUGCCAGGCCAUGGGAAGACACUGCAUGUCAUCCACCGCCCUGGUUCAAGCCCGUUCAGUUGCCGCUGCAGUCACAUGGAUUACCUCCAGCUGAGCCUAAGUAUACUACGGCUUAUGGUGGUCAAAGAAAUGAGCUUGGCUACAACCUAACGCCCCAACAGCGACCUCCAGGCAUGGCAUGGACACAGGCCCCGCCCUUUAGCUCACCUCAAGGUCAUAACUACAGCGUCCCAGAGCCAAGUUACCGUGGGCCACGCCCAACAAUCCGCAGCUUCUCAAGUCGGGACCCAAGUGAGUUCGCGCGGCUCAAGAUCUCAUUGGAGAACCUCUUACCACAUGAUGCAUCUGAGCUGUUCAAAUACCAAGUGUUGGUUGAUCACCUGCAACUAGAAGAAGCCAGGUUAAUAGCAGAUGCUUACCUUAACUCCCCAACACCCUUCUCAGACACAAUGGUUGCCCUAAAUGACAAGUUCGGCCAGCCACAUCAGAUAGCGCUGAGGCGUAUUGCUGCUGUGAUGGACUCACCUGACAUAAGGCGGGGAGACUUUGCUGCAUUUGAGAAGUUUGCACUCCAGAUACAGUCACUGGUUGGGAUGCUGAAGACAAUAGGCCACGAGGGUGAAGUGGAACUACAGUGUGGCUCACAUGUUGCUCGUCUGCUGAGCAAGCUGCCGCCUGAACAGAGAGCAGAGUUUCGCCGCUGCAUGUACCAUCAGGGCACGCAAACCCACACAUUAACUAAUCUUUCCGAUUGGUUGAAAUACGAGUCUUGGUGCCAGGACUCUGAAGGACAGUUAGCUGUGAGAGGAGCUCGAGAGAAGCCGGUGUUCAGGCAUGAAGGUAGGAAAAGUAAGCAGCCUACUACUGUCCUCCAUGGUGUGAAGGACACUGCAAAGAGAUCUGAGGCUCCAGCGCCAAGCAGCUCCUUUAAAGGAAACAAGAACAAGCCAUAUUGUCCAUUCUGCAAUGAGGAACACUACCUUAGCCAGUGUACAAAGGUAUCCAGGUUAACAAAGGAUCAGCUGAUCGAAUGGAUAAAAAGUAACAAGAGGUGUUGGCGAUGUGCACGGCCACAUCAGGCGGCUCAGUGCAACUUAAGAAAACUAUGCAGCCUCUGCCAAGGGAAACACCUCCAGGUUCUGCAUGAGGUGAAUAAGAGGUCACCCAAGGAGGCAGUGUCAACACCGGCAGCGGAGAGUGAAGGUAUAAGGGGCACAACAGAGGUCCUGUAUCUAGACAGACCUACUCAAGGCAGUCGGGUACUUCUGAAAGUUGUCAAAGUCCGCAUUCACCAUGGUGAUAAAUCAAUCAACACCUAUGCCAUACUUGAUGACGGUUCAGAGAGAACUAUGCUGUUGUCAGAUGCUGCAGAGAAGCUAGGGGUGCAGGGGACUCCAGAGGACCUACCACUACGCACAAUUAGAGAGGAAGUGCAAACCCUCCAUGGUGCAUCAGUGUCGUUCUUCAUUUCUUCGCCAUCAAAGCCAAAGACCAAGUACAAGAUUAUAGGUGCAUUUACCAGUGGUCGUAUUGGACUAGCGGCUCAUACUUACCCCAUGGAGCAACUCCGAAACACCUAUAAGCAUCUCACUGGCCUUCCCAUACAGACUUUAAUGAAUGUCAAACCCCUGCUUCUCAUUGGAAGUGACCAUCCCCAUCUUGUCACUCCCAUUGAACCUGUCAGAUUGGGACCUCCAGGUGGACCUGCUGCCAUCCGCACCAGACUAGGCUGGACUCUGCAGGGCCCAGCGAGUGUAGUCCGUCACCUCGCCCAACCACAGCAGUGUCUAUUUACAACAGUAACACCCCAGAUGAGCGAGCUGAUGAAACACGUUGAGAGAUUAUGGCAGGUCGACACUGUUCCGUUCAGAAGCGAGAAACUAGUUACUCGUUCAAGGCAGGACCAAGAGGCUAUCAGUAUCCUGGAGACCAAAACCAUCAGGGUAGAGGUUGAUGGCAUUCUCCGUUACGCCACCCCGCUGCUCCGCCGGAAAGACAUGCCUCUGUUACAGGCUACCAGAGAAGCCGUCAUGCCCAGUUUACGGAGUGUAGAGAGGAGACUUGCCAAAGAUCCUGCAAAGGCAGAAGCCUACAGAGUGGAGAUGCAGAAGCUUAUAAAUGCGGGUUUUGUCAUCAAGUGUGAACCGAAAGCUUCAGACAAGGAAGGUUGUGAGGAAUGGUAUAUCCCUCACCAUAUGGUGAAUCAUAAUGGCAAGAAUAGGCUGGUGUUUAACUGCUCCUAUCAGUGUCGAGGGCAGAACCUCAAUGAUUAUCUACUGCCUGGGCCAACCUUAGGAGCAUCACUUCUGGGAGUUCUGCUAAGAUUCCGAGAGCAUGCAGUUGCGGUUAGUGGAGACAUCAGAGGCAUGUUCCACCAAAUUCGCCUCCUCCCAGAGGAUCGUGCUCUGCUCAGAUUUCUUUGGCGUGACAUCAGUCAAGAAGGACCUCCUGCGGUGUAUGAGUGGCAGGUGCUACCAUUUGGUACAACAUGUAGCCCUUGCUGCGCCACAUUCGCCUUACAACGCCAUGUCUCUGACAACAGCCAGCCAGAUGAAGAUGUGAGGACAUCAGUUCAGAAAUGCUUUUAUGUGGAUAACUGCCUACAGAGUGUUCCCACAAUUGCUGAGGCGAGGCAUCUGGUUGACAAACUGCGAGCCCUUCUUGCGUCUGCAGGCUUCGAUCUACGUCAGUGGGCAAGCAAUGAACCAGGUGUAAUAAGUCAUCUACCAAAAGAAAGCUGCUCUGCUGGUGUUGAUCUAUGGCUGGUUCAGAACAAGACAGAUACCCCAGAAUCUACUCUAGGGCUAAGCUGGCUCUUUCACACUGAUGUUCUUGGUUAUAAGCAUCGUCAUGUGGAGUACGGUGUCCUCACGAUGCGUAAUAUCUACAAGGUGCUGGCGAGUCAGUACGACCCCUUGGGCUUCAUCCUACCCUACACCACCAGGGCUAAGAUAAUCGUCCGACACCUUUGGGACAAACACAGGGGAUGGGAUGAUCCACUACUACCGCAGGAGCUUCUGCAACAGUGGAAAGACUGGGAGGAAGAAUUACAAGUCUUACCUCAAGUCACCCUGCCCCGACCGUACUUGUCAAAGUCUGUGGACAUCUCCGGUCUUCAGAGAGAGGUGCAUGUAUUUUGCGACGCCUCAGAAGAGGCUUAUGGUUCGGUGGCUUAUCUGCGAACCACUGACAGACACGGUGAAGUGUAUCUGUCAUUCCUGAUGGCCCGUUCCAGAGUUGCACCUAAGCGGUUUCACUCUAUGCCCCGAUUGGAACUCUGUGCUGCCCUUACUGGUGCACAGCUCUCACAGGUGCUGAAGAGAGAACUUACCAUCCACAUUGAUCGGACAACCCUUUGGUCAGAUUCCACAACGGUGUUGACAUGGCUGAAGUCUGAAUCCUGCCGGUUCAAGGUCUUUGUUGGCACCCGCGUGGCCGAGAUACAGGAGCUGACAGACGGGCAUGUCUGGAGAUAUGUUGAUACCGCCAGAAACCCUGCUGAUGAUGUAACACGGGGAAAGAAGCUGCAAGAGCUUGUUCAGCCAAAUAGAUGGAGCCUGGGACCUGCCUUCCUCCUGACCAGUCCAGACUCAUGGCCAGAGGACCCCACUGUUGACCAAACAGAAGAUACCUCAGAGCUGCGUAAGUCUAUCUUCUGUGGGGUCGCUGCUGUUGUAUCCAGCCAGUCAACUUUGGACCUGGCCCAAUAUGGCUCGUGGAAGGAGCUUUUGGAAGGGACAGUGCAGGAGCUGCAUGGGGCGGCCAAUUCUAAUGAUAAGCCUACAGCUGAAGACUACCGACAGGCUGAACAGUUAAUACUUCAGAGAGCUCAGAGGGAUAGUUUUCAGCAGGAGUACAGCCUCCUGAAAGCUGGUAAACCUGUUCCCAGCAGCAGUCGACUUCGUACGCUGUCUCCUGAGCUGGAUGAAAAGGGAGAGCUCAUUCGUGUUGGAGGACGACUCCGUCGAGCAGAAGACCUGGAACUGACCACUCUUCAUCCAGUCAUCUUAGACCCAGGUCAUCGAGUGACAACGCUUUUGAUUCAAGACUUUGAUAAUCGCCUCCGUCACCCAGGCCCAGAACGGGUGUUUGCUGAGCUUCGACGCUCCUUUUGGAUCCUGCGAGGGCGUGAGGCCAUCCGGCGUUACCAGUAUAACUGCGCUGACUGUCAGCGAUGGAGGGCAAAACCUGCAGUACCGAAGAUGGCAGACCUGCCAUCAGCCCGUCUGCGUUUUUUCAAGCCUGCCUUCUAUUCUACGGGCAUGGACUGCUUUGGGCCAUUUGAGAUUAAAGUGGGCCGGCGCCGUGAGAAGAGAUGGGGGAUCAUUUUCAAGUGCCUCACAACCAGGGCAGUGCACUUGGAUCUCCUAACCUCUAUCGAUACGGAUGCUUUUCUGAUGUCCCUUCGUCGGUUUAUUGCCCGUAGAGGAACGCCCACAGAACUGUUCUCUGAUCAGGGGACGAAUUUCAAGGGAGGUGAGCGAGAACUUCGUGAGACCUUCCUUGGAAUGUCUGAAGAACUACAACAUCUCCUUGCACCACAGAAGAUCUCCUUUCACUUUAACCCCCCAGCAGCUCCACACUUCGGAGGGGUGUGGGAGAGGGAGAUCCGCUCAGUUAAGAGUGCACUCUAUGCCACAGUUGGUGCUCAGCCCGUUCCAGAAGAAGUGCUUCGGACCGUACUUACUGAGGUUGAAGGGAUCCUUAAUAGUAAGCCCUUGGGUUAUGUGUCUUCAGAUGCCAGGGACCCAGAUCCAGUGACUCCCAGUGUUCUUCUUAUGGGGCGGCCUGAUGGUUCACUACCUCAGGUAGUCUACCCCGAAAGUGAGCUCAUCUGUCGCCGCCGUUGGAGACACUCCCAAAUUUUGGCUGAUCACUUUUGGGCCCGUUUUAUCCGACUCUAUGUGCCGAGUUUGCAAGCUCGCCAGAAGUGGCAGACUACACCAGCUGAUAUUGCAGGGGACUGUGUAGUGAUGAUUGCUGAUCCACAUCUUCCGAGGGCCCUCUGGCCCAUUGGGAAAGUAGUCAAGACCUAUCCCAGCCCUGAUGGGCACAUCAGGUCCGCUGAUGUAAAGGUGAAGGAGAAAAUCUACACCCGGACAGUUGCCAGGCUGGUUGUCCUCCCUGCACUCCCUUCUGGAGAAGAAGACGGUUCCACUCCUGCUAUUACGCCCCAGUCAUAGAACUUUGUUGCCUUUAGUGAUGAGCAAAUGUAUCACAUACAUUUGGGGGCGGCUGUAGAAAAGGCCCCAAAGUUAUGUUAGAGUUGUUAUUAUUUAUUCAAUCAUGCUUUAUGUUUCAUGUUUUCUGCCGUUUAUUCAGUGCUUGUAACAGAGUAGGAAAGUGCGCACUGGUUUGUGUAUUUUAUCUGAUGUCACGCAGUUAGUAUGCAGUACGGUAGAGAUAGACGUUCGUUGUCACGCACUUAGUAUGCAGUAUGAUAGAGAUAGGCGUUCGUCAUUACAGUUAAUAUUCAGUACUACAGAGAUUGUCUGUCGGUUCGGACAUAAUGGCGGGUGUCAUUUUUCCUCAGAGUGUGCGUGAAUGUGAAAAAAACCACACCCAUAUUCAAAAUUGCAUUUAAACUCGCUCAAAGGAGAAUAAAUAGAACAUUAAGAGUAUAUCUCGGCUCUUUAUUGCAUACUCUGGAAUAUUUGGCCUUAAGGAGUGUUCUGGCCGACACACCUGUGUGAACCUGGUGAUAAACCCAGAAUUAGCACCUAUACUGAGUGUUUACCCAUUAUCUCC